UGUGGAUAAACUGCAGUGAUUUCAAGUGAAAAAGUUGAAGGUUAUGUUUGUUUGUUUUGAAGUAGAAGUUGAAGGUGCUCUAAUGAAAAAUUGUGUUUUUGUUAUAAUUAAAAAUAAAAUAUACUAAAUUUUAACAAAGGAUCGUGCUCAAAUAAAAGAAUUGUAGUUUUAGUACAUAAAACAUAAAACCAUAUCUAGCUCUGUGAAAAAUUAGUUUGGAUAACGUCGAGCUUCCAGAUUCUCAAUAGAUUAUUCACGAUGUUUUUUUACGAAGAAAACUCAACGUUGAAUUCUACGGAAUAUAAACGAUAUCAUGAGUCGUUUAUGCAGAAUAACCAUGGUUCAACUUUACUUCAUACAUUUUUAUGUAUAUCCUUCACAGUUCAAUGUGCACUUAUAGUUUCUUUAAUGAAGGUGAAAAAUUAUAUAUACGAAUAUGUAAUUAUAAUUUUACCUUUAAUAUGUGCUCAUACAAUACUAUCAAAUUAUAUUUAUGAAUUGAAUUUAUUCACAUUUCUACUAUUAACCUACAAAUUUAAAAAUAAAAUUAAUUUGAACACAAUUAGUAACAAGUUGAAACAAAAGAAUAUUUUAAAUAAUAAUAUAAUUACUAGCAUAACUUAUGUCCGCGGGCUGACUUAUUUAAUAACAGUAUUUUGUAUAUUAGCUGUUGAUUUCAAAUUCUUUCCUAGGCAUUUAGCUAAAACUGAAAGAUAUGGUUAUAGUUUAAUGGAUACUGGAGUAGGACUGUUUGUACUGAUAAGUGGAUUAGUCCAUAAAGAUUUACACAGUCACAAUUUUGUUGCCAUUCUAAGAAGCAAUAUAAAAUUUGUUUCCAUAUUAUGUAUAUUAGGAGUAUUUAGAUUUGUAAGUAUUAAAAAGUUGGAUUACCAAGAACAUAUAUCGGAAUAUGGAGUCCAUUGGAAUUUUUUCUUUACCUUGGCCAUUUGCAAAUUAACUUCAACAAUACUCCUACAUUUCACAAGUAGAUCACUGUUUCUUAGUAUGUUUAUGCUCAUGUUACAUGAAGUUCUAUUAUACAAUGGACUUCAAAACUGGGUGUUCAGUGAUAAUCCUCGUGUAUCAUUGCUAUCUGCUAAUAGAGAAGGCAUAUCUUCUUCCUUAGGAUAUGUUGCUUUAUACUUAUACGGAGCCCACACUAAAACAAUACUGAGCAAUCAAAGUUUGCGAAAACUUGACGUUUUAUCAUAUUUAUCAUUAAAUUCAUUACUAUUAUGGGUUUACCUUAAAAGUUUUGAGCAAAUUAUACCACCUUCUAGAACAUUAGCCAAUUUAACCUACUGCUUGUAUUUAGAAGCAAUUUUCAUCACAGUAUUACUAUUAUUGUUUUUCUUAGACAUUACGAUUUAUGACAAAAAUGAAAAGAAUAUAUUAUUUGUUCCAUAUAUAUUGCAAAAUAUAAAUAAAAAUGGUUUAUUGUAUUUCUUAGUAUCUAACAUAUUGACGGGAGUUAUAAACAUGUCUAUAAGACCUUUGUUUGUAUCAAGUACUUACACAUUAUUAAUUUUAAAUACCUAUAUGAUAGUAACUAUUGUUAUUACUGUAUUUUUGAAUAAUGUGGGUAUUAAAUUAUGAAAAACAAAAUAUUUAAUUCAAUAGGCUUUAUUUUUUUUUUCUAACAUUUAUAAUUUACUUGUCAUAUACAAAAAUACAUUGAAAUUUUUACAGGACAUAAUUAUUAUAAAAAAUGAUUGGCGGCACAGGCAAUUUAUUGUGUUAACACAAUGGUUACCCUUAUCUAUAAAAUACCUCAUGAACCCAGACUUUAGUUCUGAGGAAAGAACAAUUAAAGAAUUUCUAAACAUUGGUUAGUACCUUCCAUACAAACCAUACAGACACAGUAUUUGUUCUACACAUUCUCCAUUUAUCAAGAACUACAUUUUGUUUGAGUAGUAGUUCAUAUAUAAAGAGUGUAAUUAUAUGUCCAAUGGAAUGAUUGUUUAUUAAUUCAUUAAGUACGAACGACGAACCAACGAAUUGGGAACCAGAAUAUUACAUCAUUCUCAAGUAUUUCAAAUAGUUUAGCUUUUCAAAGAUCAUACUUAAAUAAUAAUUUUGAGAUAUUACAGUUAAUUGUACAGUUUUCAUGGCUAUAUGUUUUAUUAAUUAUGUUUAGUUUCCAUUUUAUUACAUAAUUUAUUAGUCUUAAUAAUAAAUAUGAAUUCUCCAUA